AUCAGGACACACCCACCCAUCUUUGUAAUAAAGCUUUUCUUCGAACUUCGCACAGUCAGUCGUUGCCCACUGCAAGUUCACGGAGAAUAGACUGAGACCAUGACUGAGGAAACAGCCACAGGCGCUCCUGCUGGAGUCUCGGAGCCAGAUAAAGGGGCACCUGAGGAAGGGGUUCAGCCUAGGGGAAAAUGGGCCAGCAACAUGGAGUUUAUAUUCUCCAUGGCUGGAGAAAUCAUUGGCCUCGGGAAUGUUUGGCGUUUCCCAUAUCUGUGCUACAGGAAUGGAGGAGGUGUCUUCCUCAUCCCCUACUUUGUGUUCCUCUUCUUCUGUGGCAUCCCUGUGUUCUUCCUGGAGACGGCAUUGGGACAAUACACCAGUGAGGGCGGGGUGACCGCCUGGAGGAAGAUAUGUCCCAUGUCUGAGGGGGUGGGGAUUGCGUCCCAAGUUAUUGUGGUCUAUCUGAACAUCUAUUAUAUCGUGGUGUUGGCCUGGGCUAUCUUCUACCUGUAUCAGUCCUUCAAAAGCCCGUUGCCCUGGUCCACAUGUGACAACUGGUGGAACACUGAGGCAUGUCACAGUCACUCUAGUGUCUUUUCCAACCCCCAUUUGUUUAAAAAUGGCUCCAACUGGUCGUUUCUGUACAACGUCACCUCACCACCUGACGACUUUGAGAAUUUCAAUUACACGAGUGAAAUGGACCCUUUCCUGAAGGGCAGGUCACCGGAAGAGGAGUUCUGGAUUAACCGCGUGUUAAGGAUGUCAGAUGACAUGUCCCUGGGUAAGAUAAACUGGGACCUGGCUGUGUGUCUCCUGCUUGCCUGGAUAAUGUGUUACUUCUGCAUCUUUAAGGGAAUCAAAUCGUCAGGAAAGGUAGUUUACUUCACUGCUACAUUCCCCUACCUGAUGCUGUUGAUCCUUUUUAUCCGUGGAGUGACACUCCCAGGAGCUGGCGAGGGACUGAGAUAUUACCUCACUCCUGACUUCAGCAGGAUCACUGAUCCAGGUAUAUGGCGUGAUGCAGGGACUCAAGUGUUCUUCUCCUUCGCCGUGUGUCAGGGAGUACUGACCGCUCUGGGCAGCUACAACAAAUACAACAACAACUGCUACAGGGAUUGCUUGGCACUAUGUUGCCUGAACAGUGCCACCAGUAUCUUUGCUGGUUUUGCUGUGUUCUCAGUGCUGGGAUUCAUGGCUCACGACAUGGGCGUACCGAUGAGUGAAGUCGUUUCUAGUGGUCCUGGUCUGGUCUUUAUAGUUUAUCCAAGGGCUCUGUCGUGGCUGCCUGCCUCAUCGUUCUGGGCUGUGCUCUUCUUCCUCAUGGUCCUCUUCCUGGGCCUGGACACUCAGUUUGUGUGCGUGGAGAGCCUGGCCACAGCCAUCACAGACAUGUUCCCACGUCAGCUGAGGAGGCCGGGCAGCAGGGAGGUCCUGGCUCUGGUCAUUGCUGCUUCCUGUUUUCUACUGGGGCUGCCACUCAUCUCUGAGGGAGGGAUAGUCCUCUUCCGGCUGAUUGACACCUACGGUCCCAGUGGAACCACUAUCCUCAUUAUCGCCUGUUUUGAGACCACUGUCAUUGCCUGGGUGUAUGGUGCGGACCGUUUCUAUGACAACAUUAAGGACAUGAUCGGGUACCUACCAUUCCCCGUGCUGAAGUACUGCUGGCUGUUCAUCACGCCGCUCAUCUGUGGGGUCACACUGGUGUAUGACCUAACACAAUCACAGAGUCUCACUGUGUACGGUUAUAAACCCGGCAUCUGGGGUGGCGUAUUUGGAGCGCUACUUAUCAUCACUCCACUGAUGUGCAUCCCAGUAUUCUUUUUUAUCUCAAUGUAUAAGAAUCGCCAAAAAAUGACUACACCAUCCAGUGAUCUGCGUCAGGCUCAACCACACAAGCCAAUUCUCACACUGUGUAACCACGUCAUCUUCAAGGCACAGGUGAAGCCAAACAGACAUGUGGAGGAAAACGACAAGAUGGUGAUGGGGGAACCCAGCAUGGUUUGAUGGUCACUGGUGAACAGACCUGCAGCAAAUUAGUGCAUAGAUGUCAUCAAUUGAAUUGUACAAAUCUGUCACAACAAAAACACAAAAACAUAUAUUUUUUUCAUCAAAUGCAAAAUUGUAUGAAAGUUUACAUGUUUCAUGAGUAUUCAGGGACAGUUGUGUUUUUUUAUGUUGUGUUUAAUUUUUUGGUACGUUAGUGUUUACCUCAUUUUUGGAAUUAAUAAUAAUGGAAAAGUCCCAUGCAAUAUACAUUUUUCUAUACACCUAUAAUUCUAUCUACUGUAAGUGGCUUACAAAAGUACUUCACUGAUUAAGCAUUUCACUCUCAUACUGUAAUACUGUGGGACUCUGAGUGGACAGAACCAGAAAUACUCAUCUUUUUUUUUAUUCCAAGCAUUGUCUUAAUCCUCGUAAAAACCUGGCACCUACAUUGCCCACAAUGCAACCUGAAUGCUGACAGUUUGGUCAAAAAUGUUAGUGUGUUAUGCUAGUAACGGCUAAUGUAGCCUUGAGCUGCUAGCCUUAAAGCGAGAUGAGGAUCUGAGUACAGAGGUCUAGUCAGCUCACUCUUUCUUUCAGAUUAUUUUCAUUUUCAAAGCUGUAGUUAUCAAAACCC